CAGCGAGCGAGACGUGCGUCGCGCUGUUGUCGUGACUACUGUGCGUUCGCCGAUUUUUGGAACCGUUAACGUACUGCUAUCCAGCAGAAUAUAGACUAUAUUAUCGAAUUUGUAGUCUUUGUCCGCGGAAUCAGUACUUUCAUAUCGAAUAAACAAAGGCCGACGUAAAUAUCUAGAGAAAUAGAUUAAACAAACAAUAGUGCUGUGUUUUCGUUCGGUGUUACUUGGGGCGAAGAGAUUUGCGAUAAUUUCAACCGACCAGUGAAAUUAUAACAGCUGUCCUGCAUAGUAUGCUUCAUAUUGUAAUUGCAUGACGCAGCCAAGUACCUGGCCGGUUAUGGGGCAGCAGUCGACAUCGAGAUACGCGCUGUGACACCACAUUUAUACCCUCCACAACACACUGGAAUUUCACCACUAUUCCCAAGGAACAGAAACGACAGAAUUCAAAAAAAGUACGCAAAAGUAGUACGCAACUAGUGAGUGAUUCGUGCAGAAAUUGAAAGUGGAGACGAAAUUUUUUAUAGUGAGUGAUAAAGUCCCUUUAAGAGUUCCUAAAGGAAGCUUAGUGUUGUGCCAAGAUUGUAGUGAUAACGAUAAUUUUUAUCGUUUACGAUAGUGUGGAUUUUACCGCCGCGCCGCAGCGUCAUUCGCGAUAGCAUUCGGGCGCGGAAAGUCGUGUAGAGACGCUAGUUCCGCGUUCAUGUUUAGAAACGAAACAUUAACACAAGUGCGUAUCAGUACUACACCGUGUAGUGUGUUGGAUGUGAUAAUUUGAAGAUGCGUACGAAGUGGUCUAGUCUGGCGGCUCUAAGCUGGUUUGCCACGUUAGUCGGAUGUCAUGCGCCGGGCAGUGAGAUUGAUUCAGUGCGGUACAGUGCUGGUGAUGAGAGGUUCGUGAGUGACACCUACACUGUCGCCAAUAUCAACAUCACUUACGAAGAUGAACACGGUGAGAUCUACACUGAAACUUCCGAGUCCGGGAAGUAUGGCGAAGGCAUCAUCAGUUCAGCGCGGGGCGUGGCAGUGCACGUCCGCGCGAAGGGCGCCAGCGGAGCCCGAGACCACAGCGGGUGCACCUGGCCGCUGCUCUCGACCGCCGCCCCCGACGAGCCCCUGCCGACAGAGCCCUGGGUUGCGGUCAUCAGGCGCGGGUCGUGUAACUUUGAGAUUAAGGUGCAGAACGCGUGGAAGGCGAACGCGUCUGCGGUGCUCAUUUACAACGACCGCGACACCACCGUGCUGGAGAAGAUGAAGCUGUCCACAGACAACGGACGCAACAUCAGCGCAGUGUUCACGUACAAGUGGAAGGGCGAGGAGAUCACGAGGCUGGUGGACAACGGCACCCGGGUCGUCAUCGGGAUCAUCCGGGGCCGGACGUUUACCAACAUCAACAAUAAUAUUAACAAGACGUCAGUGUUGUUCGUGUCGAUCUCGUUCAUCGUGCUGAUGGUGAUAUCGCUGGCCUGGCUGGUCUUCUACUACAUUCAACGCUUCCGGUACAUCCACGCCAAGGAUAGGCUCUCGAAGCGGUUGUGUUGUGCAGCUAAGAAGGCGUUAUCAAAAAUACCUGUAAAGAGUUUGAAGACUGAUGACAGAGAGGUGCAGGGAGACGGCGAAUGUUGCGCCAUCUGUAUAGAGCCUUACAAAGUAUCUGAGACGCUGAGAUCUCUUCCUUGUAGACACGACUUCCACAAGAACUGCAUAGAUCCGUGGUUGCUGGAGCACCGGACGUGUCCCAUGUGCAAGAUGGACAUCCUCAAGUACUACGGCUUCGUGUUCACGGGCAGUCAGGAGAGCAUCCUGCAGCUGGAAGUGGAGGAGUCUCGCAGCCGGGCGCUGAGCCCCGCGCGGAACAGGCAUCCACUCACACUGCUAACGAGCGACAACUCGUACGAAGAGGCGGGUAGCGAGCGCAGCAGCCGCGCCUCCUCCCCCGACGAGCUGGUGCCGGCGCUGCGCUGCGACCCGCCGCGGCCGCACGACGCGCGCUGCCCACACCCCUCCAGAUCAUGUUCAUCAACGCCCACAGGCGGCCCGAGAGGCGAGUCAUCUCGCCAGGACACCGCCUCCGUCACCUCGUCGCCUAACCCAUAGGACCGGGAAUCGAACCCGCUACCCGUGCCAAACCUGGACUGAACGCCGCGGCCGCAUACCACUCCUUACCCUUACCGAUGUUGCUCCAAAAAAAUCGAUUGGAUAAUGAAUGAGGUUUUUGGAGAUAAAUGUCUUUUUUUGUAUUGAAAAAGUUAUGUGUGCAUAUUAAGUACAGAAAACGAAGGGAUAUGAGAAGGAAAUUGUAUACGAAGAAGUUGUAUCUAUAUCUCAACUCUUUAGUUCAAUGUUGAUGAGAAAGAGUGCGAUAGGGACGGAAAAAAUUACUCUUUUGCUCUAUGGAGAAUUACAUAAAUACGAAUUUCUGUGUUUUACAUUACCUUAAAGUAAGGGUGUGAAUAGGAGAAAUAUAGGUAUUGGGUGUGUUUGUAAAAGGCCUUGCAACGUUUAAUAGUGCGUCAGUGAGUCAGUGAUGUGUUCAAAAUAAUAAUCAAGCGAAAAAAUACUCAAAAAAUUUAAAAAAUAAAUCCAUAUCGGUUGAACUUCCAGUGAUGUGUGAUGGACUUGUGGUGGAUUAAAAGUGAUAUUCUAAUUAAGGUUAAAGUAGUUUUGUAUGAAGUAACUAUAUAGGAACAUCGCGACGCCGCCUAGUCAACGAAAUAGUGUUUUUUUGUAAACCUAGGGCUAACGCGCAACGUGAUAAAAAUUUGUCACGGUCAUUUUAUCGAUUCUGACGGUAUAAUUAAGGCGUUUUGUCGAUUGGUGCUAACAUGUGAAGCCAAAUAAGUCAUGUCGUUCUGUCAAAAUACAAACAACAUCACGUGGCACGCAUGAUAGAGAAAAAACAAACUUAUCGAUGUCGACAAUUUUUUUGAAUCGAUCGAUAAUUUUAUCACGUUGCACAUAUUAGCUCUGCUGGAGGGAUUAGAAAGACCACAUCGAAGGAAUUCGUCUAAAAAUGCAAUAUUGCCAUUUGACAUUUGCGCACAUUUAUAAAACUUAGUGGGUAAUCUUCUCUUCUAUCGUAUGGGUUGUGAGGUGAAUUACCAACCUCAUCAACCCUGAUGUCAGGGUUACUAUUGAGCCGCCAAAGGCCCGUGACAUUACUCAUAUAACGACUACGUACUUACAUCAGUAAGUAGUAACCGGGACCAACGGCAUAACGGGCAAUAGCGGGCAAUGACAACAUAUUAAUGUCAAAUAGCAAUAUUGCUUUUUGAGGUAAAUUUCUUCGAUGUGGCCAUUUUAACCCUCCUGAUGGCCGAAGUAUUGUCAACGGAAAAUAAUGGUACCAUUAUUUUGGUAAAUAAUUACCAGAGGUACCUACAGAUAAAUACCAUACAAAAACAAAUCCUAAAUACCUUACGAACUUUGCAAGUAAAAUACUUCUCUAAAAGGUAGUUCUUCGAACAUUGCAAGUCAAUGGCAUUACCAUGAUUGCAAAAUGUCCUAAAAUCUUUGGUCUGUUUGAAAUCCAGCUAGUACUUACAUUGGUGAUAUACAUAAUGUCAAAGUGCAUUCAAGGUAAUAAUAUUCACUUCCAAAAUUUGAAGAACUACCCAAAACUGUAAUGACGAAAGUAUUGCACUUUUUCGUUGACUUUACGUAGGUACACAAACCGUUUAUAAUCAGAUAGGUGUCGACAUUUGUACUUAAAUAUGAAAUUUCAUUGGUUCAUGAUCUCAUAAGUACGUAACUUUAUGUUUUAACCUUUUGAAACCGUGUAAUAGAUACAUCUAUCUAGUUUGUACAAAAUAUAUUUUCAAAAUGUUAAACUGCAGUACAUUUUGGGUGAAAAUAUAAGUAAAACAUGGUUUUAGAGGCUGUAUGAAAUCCCAACGAGUGAUUCGGAUUAAAAAUGUUAUAUAAAAAUGUUUAAAAAGUGUUCUUUUUAAUUGUACUAUUUUAUGGACAGUCAUGAGCAAUAUUAUGUACCCACUUUACGACCCUGUCACACUAAGAUAUUUGACGCUUAGUGAGACUUACAAUUCAAUUUGUUAAAAAAGUUAAUGUGAUAUGGUACUAUAGUAGGUAAUACAUAUUAUAGUGUUCAUGCCUGUACGAUAUACGAGUGUAUAUUAGUUUAUGCCAAUAUUUACUGGUUGCUUUUUUCAUUGCGGUUUUUAGUUUUUUACAUCAAACUGCAAAUGAAAGUCGCAAAAUGCUGUUUCAAUAUAAUGAUUUUAUUCAAAGGUUGUGCUGGCCCUAGUUUUUUUAAAUAAUAAACAAAGUUUGGAUUUAAGUAUAUCCGUCCAUAAUGUGUAACUAACACUGCUAAUACGCCUGAUUAAACUCAUAUUUCAUAGUGCUGUAAUUACUUACAUAUUUCAUGUACACUUGUUUGUAGUAUGUGUAUUGAAUAGAUAGUUUUAUUUGCUUGUCAUAGCAAAACAGUAUAAUAGUUACAUGAUGGCAUAAAAUGGUAGCCAUUACUAUGCAAUAUUUUAAAACAAUUUUGUGCAGAGGUUGUUUCGCGCCAUUUUAUUUUCUAGUGGUCUUUUUCCACGCAUUGCCAGUUUUUUUACGGUACUCAGUACAUACUCGCUUUAGUUACAAGAGUGGUUCAUAAAGUUUUGUUAACAUUGUUAACUGAAUAUUUAAUGUGGUGUUUGGGGUUUCGUUCUAAUAAUAGGGGCCAACUCACAACCAUGUUGUUCAAGCGGUUGUAUGAAUAUACCUUAAUUUGAAACACUUAUUUCGUGGCUCUGAAAAACGGUAGUUAAUAAAAUCUAGUCUGAACAAUUAUGAAAUGGAACCGCUUUUGAUUGUAAUCGGUGAAGUUAAUAGCUAGUUUAUGCGAAUUUUUUAUACUUAAUGAAAAGCAAAGUAGGUACUUAAUAAUAUUUGAUUUAAAAGGGUACCUAAUAAAAUUGAAUGGUGAUGAAUUUGUGUUAUUUAAGGCAACUGACAAUUAUUUUUUAACAAAGCUAUGCAGUUACCUAUCUUAACAUAUUGGUAAAUAAAUAAUCUAUUGGUACUUACGUCGAUUUAUUUCGUAUUUUUUACAACACCAAAACGAAGCUAACUUACCGGUUGCAAUCAAAAGCGACAUUGGUUCAAACUUUAUUUUUAAGAAACAAUUAUGUUUAUUUUUAAGUAUUAUUUAGGUGAGCAUUUAAGUUAUUACUUACGCAGUACACAUAAGGUACUAUUCGAGGAAUCCAUUGGACUUUAUAUUAGCAAGGAGACUUACAUACUUGUAAGAACAAAAUGGUGUAAACAUUUACAUUCCCAUCCUGAAAUGUCAGUGUUGAAAUAAAACCAAUACAGUAUUGA